AUGCUGGUGACCCGCGGGGACCGCGGCGGCGGGGAGCGCGCGCCCUCGCGGCGCCCGCGCUGCGGGCUGGUUCCGGCCGGGGCCGCUGCGCUGCUAGCCGGGGCCAGCUGCUUGUGCUACGGCCGCUCACUGCGGGGCGAGUUUGUGCACGACGACGUGUGGGCGAUCGUGAACAACCCCGACGUGCGGCCCGGGACCCCGCUGCGCUGGGCCGUUUUCGCCAACGACUUCUGGGGCAAAGGCCUGGCGGACAGCACCAGCCACAAGUCCUAUCGGCCGCUGUGCGUGCUGUCCUUCAGGCUAAACAUAUUUCUGACUGGCAUGGACCCUUUCUACUUUCAUGCGGUGAAUGUCAUUCUACACUGCCUGGUGACCCUCGUGCUGAUGUAUACCUGUGAUAAAACAGUCUUCAAGAAUCGUGGACUGGCUUUUGUAACAGCCCUGCUGUUUGCAGUGCACCCGGUCCACACCGAGGCGGUGGCUGGCAUCGUGGGCAGAGCUGAUGUGUUAGCAUGUCUCCUGUUCCUGCUUGCCUUUCUUUCCUACCACAGGAGUCUGGAUCAGGACUGUGCAGGGCAGUGCUUCCCCGCCACGGCUUCUCCCUUCUUCCUGCUGCUCAGCUUGUUUCUGGGGACCUGUGCCAUGCUGGUGAAGGAGACUGGCGUCACUGUGUUUGGAGUGUGUUUGGUGUAUGACCUCUUCUCCCCCUCCCACCAGCAGGACAAGUCGAGCAAUGGGGUGAUCUGUCAGCACAGCUCACAGCAGCCAGGGAAUCCCCAACCCUCCUCUCAGCAUGCCCACCCCCACCGUGACAGCAGAAAGCAGCGCUUCUCACACAAAGAUUCUUGGGGAGGCUGCCAUUCACCACUGCCACCGGAGCCCAAGAGCAGAGGGUUCCCUGUGUCCCCAGGAGCAGUGUGGUCCCUAGUGAGGUGUCUGACAGGAAGCAGCAACGGGAAUUUCCUGCUUACCCUGAGACCGUUUUUAAAACGGGCCAUUUUGGUCAUCAGUUAUGUGACUGUCAUUUUGUAUUUCCGCCUGUGGAUAAUGGGAGGAACUAUGCCCCUCUUCUCAGAGCAGGACAACCCAGCUUCGUUUUCACCUUACAUCCUUACAAGGUUCCUUACCUAUUCCUACCUCCUGGCCUUCAAUGUAUGGCUUCUGCUGGCACCCAUCACCUUGUGCUACGACUGGCAAGUGGGAAGUAUUCCUCUGGUGGAGACCAUAUGGGAUGUGAGGAACCUUGCUACUAUCCUUCUGGCAGUGGUGAUGGCCUUACUGAGCCUACACUGCAUGGCAGCCUUCAAGAGGCUGGAGCACAAGGAAGUGUUGGCCGGCUUGCUGUUCCUCGUGUUCCCGUUCAUUCCAGCCAGCAACCUCUUCUUCAGGGUGGGCUUUGUGGUGGCCGAGAGAGUCCUGUACAUGCCUAGCAUGGGCUACUGCAUUCUCUUCGUGCAUGGACUGAACAAGCUAUGCACUGGGCUGAGCCGGUGUGGAGCCACCUCCCUGAUGGCAUCUACUGUGUUGUUGCUACUGCUUUUUUCCUGGAAAACUGUGAAGCAGAAUGAAAUUUGGUUGUCGAGAGAGUCCUUAUUCAGGUCUGGAGUUCAGACUCUGCCCCACAAUGCAAAGGUUCAUUACAACUAUGCCAAUUUCCUAAAAGACCAAGGUCGGAACAAGGAAGCCAUCUACCACUACAGAACCGCCCUCAAGCUGUACCCACGCCAUGCAAGUGCGCUGAACAACCUUGGGACACUGACAAAGGACAUGGCAGAAGCAAAGAUGUACUACCAGAGGGCACUGCAGCUCCAUCCGCAGCACAACCGCGCACUCUUCAAUCUGGGGAAUCUCCUGAAGUCUCAGGAGAAAACAGAAGAAGCCAUCAUGCUGCUGAAGGAAUCCAUUAAGUACGGUCCAGAUUUUGCUGAUGCUUACUCGAGCUUGGCUUCUCUCCUGGCUGAGCAGGAAAGAUUUAAGGAAGCUGAGGACGUCUACCAGGCUGGAAUAAAGAACUGUCCAGACAGCUCAGAUUUACACAACAACUACGCAGUUUUCUUGGUUGACUCUGGCUCUCCAGAGAAGGCCGUGGCUCACUACCAGCAGGCCAUCCAGCUCAGCCCAAGCCAUCAUGUGGCUGUGGUGAAUCUGGGCCGACUCUACAGGUCCUUGGGAGAAAACAGCAUGGCAGAAGAGUGGUACAAACGUGCCCUGAAGGUGGCCCGCACGGCUGAGGUCCUGUCACCUUUGGGAGCACUCUAUUACAACACUGGCCGACACAAGGAGGCUUUGGAAGUGUACCGGGAAGCUGUCUCACUCCAGCCUUCCCAGAGGGAUCUCCGCCUGGCACUGGCACAGGUUUUAGCAGUGAUGGGUCAGACCAAAGAAGCUGAAAAGAUGACCAGUCACAUAGUGUCCGAGGAACCCAGAUGCCUGGAAUGCUACCGCCUCCUAUCGGCAAUCUACAGCAAGCAGGAGCACCAUGAGAAGGCGCUCGAGGCCAUAGACAGGGCUCUUCAGCUGAAGCCCAGGGACCCAAAAGUCAUAUCUGAACUUUUCUUCACAAAAGGAAACCAGCUGAGAGAGCAGAACCUUCUGGAUAAAGCUUUUGAGAGCUAUGAGGCUGCUGUGACCCUGGAUCCUGACCAGGCACAGGCGUGGAUGAACAUGGGUGGAAUCCGGCACAUCCAGGGAAGCUACGUGUCUGCAAGGGCCUAUUACGAGAGAGCCCUGAGGCUGGUUCCGGACAGCAAGCUGCUGAAGGAAAAUCUAGCCAAGCUGGAUCGCCUGGAGAGAAGGUUACAAGAAGUCCGAGAAAGGGAUCAAACAUAGCUCUGAGGACACAGUCAUGUGGGACUCAGCAGGCUGGAAGAGGACAGAGUGGGGGCGGUCUUGCUCAUACACAGCAGGCUCUGCCAGCCAGGCAGUCCCCUCCUGGUGGGUGGCACAGCAAGACAGCUGCUGGGGACUGUGCUGAGUUGUUUCCAUGAAGGGACAAACAGCCAAGGCGAGCAGGCCACCUGCAGGGAAGGGAAAUAGCCUGUUACAGGUUCCUCUGUGUCAGUCCCUGGUCCCAGGAUGCAGACACUGAACUCCAUUCUUACUGUAGCCCAGAAGCACAGAAGCUUGGAGUUCUGUAGAGGAGACAGCUGUUCAUAAGGAAGGAUGUGUCCUCUGAAGUCAGCUCUUGGGAAAGUCUACUUGUGGAAGUUUAAUUCAUUCUCAAGAAUCCGGAAUGGGUGGUGAAGAACAUUGGUAGAGUCUUGUGGAAGUCAUAGGAACAGGGCACUUGAUCGCUGGGCUUGGUCUAAUAACUCCCAAGAGACUAAGGACCUUUGGAGAAGUACAUUAAAUUCCACUCUGAUAUAUGCUUUUCCAGUGCCUAAAACAUGAGGGGAUCUUCUAGAAUUGUAUGUGGGUAUCUUUAUUUCUACAGGAUAAAUCUCCCUGAGCAGUAAAAAAGAGCUGAGCAUCCUUGAUUCUUUAUGAAAAUGUUUGAAUUGUAUUCCAGAUUGUACUAGAGUUGUGUCUCCACGCUGAAACUUCUCAGUGCAUUAACCAGGAGACUCCUACCCUGAAAUAUGCUGCUCAGGUGAGGAGCGGCAGGGUGCACUCUGCAUGGAAGUGUUAAGGGAUCAGUCCAGAGAAGUGCUCUCCUUUAUUCUCGUAAGGUCAAGACGUCGUGAGAUUUAUUAUUUUUGAAACAUUGAGGAACCUUUACAUUGUGUUACAGAAUUCCUCACAGAUUGAGGUGAGGGAAGAAAGCUCUAUUUAUUGACUUUUGAGUUUUAGUAGGAAUUCUGUACUUAAACGCAAGUGACCAAAAGCAGACCGUCUGCUUAGUAAGUUUGCAGACUCCAUGGAGAAUGCUCUAAAACUCUCGGGUAAAGUCUAAAUUCAUAAUUUUUUAAAAAUAUAUUUAUAUUUAAAAAUGAGGAAGGCAAAGUUGAAAUCAUAAUUUGACAUUAUUUUUAGUGUUAUUUAUUGUAUAACUUAUAAAAUAUUUAAUAUAUAUCCAUAUGUCUUGUUUUUUUUCUCUGUACAUAGUCAUUUUGAUAGCAGCUCUCAAAACCAAUCAUAUGAAAACUGCAAAAUACGAAAGCUUUAACAGUCUCCCCAAAUAAUACUGGUUAUUUGCCACUUAAAGCUAAUGGAAUUAGGGGCAGCUCAGUGUCUGGGUAGUCAGUGAAGGAGCUGGAGUACCUGCUUCUAACUGGUACUUAUCAAUGGAGACAGAGACACACAGGAAGUGCAGGUCCUGAUGCUGAGCCAGCUGUCAGACACACAUGACAGCUGGAAGGCAAAGCGUCCACCUGCACAGCCAGAGGGAAAGCCCCUGCUUCUUGCAACCCAGCAUCAAGAUGCAGUGCCUCUGUAUGUUAUUUUUCUGGCAGGUAAAUUGAAAUAAAUGGCUGAAAACUUAUUUGAAAAGACAUGCUGAAGCCAGGUGGUGGUGGUGCACGCCUUUAAUACCACUACUUUGGAGGUAGAGGCAGGCUGAUCUCAAUGAGUUCAAGGCCAGCCUGGUCUACAGAGUGAGUUCCAGGACAGCCAGGGCUACACAGAGACCCUACCCCCCAAAAAGGGCAUUUGACCCAGUGCACACCUGCUUUUUGGGGCCAGUAUUUGUCACUGUCACCUGAUAUAUGUAAUUGUCUGUCAGUGUUACAUAUCAUAAAUUGAUCCAGAAUCUUAUUUUCUUCUUCCAUCUAAGACAUCUUUAGUACCAAGGUAAAAACUAUGUACCUAUAGUGUUUAUUAUAAAGUAAUUCCAAGCCCCUAAUUUGGAAAGCAGGGGUCCUUGGUCACAUCUUAGUACCACUUUGUAGAAUAGUAUUUACCAAAAUGGGUGCAUUAAAAACUAAUGGGACAGAUUGAACUUCAAAGUUUGACAUAAUUCUGCCUUAUGUAAAGUGCUACAGAAGGUCUCCAUGUAAACUUGUUGGAAUAAUUAAAAAGGUAUUUAUAACAUAGACGUUUCUAAGGAGAAAAGGCCACAUGGCGUCUAGAGACUGCUGCAUGGGGCCUCUUCUUUCAUUUGUCUGCCCACUCUGACAUCUCCCUGAGCAGUAAAAAUAAGCACUGUUUAAUAAGAGAAACAAAGUCAGCGUGCUGUUUGGCUCGGAUAUUGAAUGAGCCAGUGAGAGAGUUUCCAUGGUAGAUAUGUUGCCUGGGAGAAAAAUCAAUUACGAAGUGUGUUUUCAAAGCUGUUGAGUGUAUCUUGUAACAUGCUGUUUGGUUCUUGUGACGUGGACUAAUCCGUGGGAGUCAUCCUUAUUACAGUAGAAACAGAGAUCCUGGAUGUGAAAAUGCAUCUGAUUUGUCAUUAGCAGGCUUGUGCUUCAUGAGUGACUGGAGAGCUGUUUCUGAAAUCUAGGAGUAGAGCUAACUUUGUGCACGAAAAUACUCUGCUGGCAAUUCUAACGUUGUCAUUGUCCUCAUCAUUGGUACUGAGAAUUGGACCCAGGACCUUGUACAUACCAGGAAGCACUCUCUCCCACUGAGCUCUAUUCUCAGCUAAAAUUAUUCUUAGGGUUUUGUUUUGUUUUAUUUUUUACAAGAGUCUAGUGUGUGUCUCAGAAUUCUGUAACAUGCCGUGGGUAGGAAGGAGGAGACAAAGAAUGAAUCAGGAGUUGCUUUGCCUGGGCUGAGCCCCCAGCAUGGAGUUUCUGGGGUUCUUUCCUCUGUUACACAUAGAGCCCUUCACAUCCCUGGAGCCCCUCCCCCACCAUUCGCUGUCAGGCCUGCCCAUCAUCGUCCCUAGACUAGUGCUUGUCAUGAA